AAUACUUAAAAAAUGACUGCAUCAAAGGAUGGUGCUAGUUUCACCAACAUCUCUGUAGAGGAGCACUUUAGGGUCUCUCAAUCAAAUCACGGUGGACAGUUUGUAGGUCCCACAGAAGAAUUUUCCACGGCGGCUAAUGCCCUUAUCGGGAGGUCGGCAAGAUUGACGGAGGCUCUCAAAGCAGCAUCCAUUAACGUCGGCUACAAGCCUGUGGAAACCAGAGACUUCGAGCAUGAUUAACCUGGGGUUCUUAGGAUGGUUCUUAACUUCUGCUAAGAACCCCAUUCUAAGAACCCCGGGUUAAUCAUGGUCUUAGCUGCCAUAAAAGAGGUGGAAGCUAGAGCUACUGGAGAGAGCGGCGGUAGUAUAACAGCCGUGGCAAAUGAGGCGGUUACUCGUAACAAAAAGAUAGGUAAAGAAGAUGAGAAUAAGAUUCAUCUGCGCGAUAUUAUCGCGGAGAUUGAUGUGAAGAUAACAAGAGAUAGAUCAGUAACAAGUGAAGACGCGGAAGCAGUGGUUCAGGCUGAGCUCACUCAUCCUCCCUACAACCAUAUUAUUCCUGGAGGCGUCGCUGAGUCUGUCACUGCAGCUUAUAGAUUAAAUCGCAGUCCCUCUCUAUGAUAUUAAUUUGCAAUAUCUAUAUAACGGUUACAUAUUAUAUAUGGUCUAAUGACUUUUAUUGCC